AGGGGAUGGGGGAACUACAGGCAGCAAUGACCUGCUGCAAUAACCACCAGGCUCCCCGUUUUCCAGAGACCCACUCAAGUGACAGCAGAUACCGAGGGGACACGUUCGGCCACAGCCAGCUGCACAGAAAGCUGCGAGCACGAGUCUUCUUCUCUAGGGUUUUCCCCUGCAUUUCCCUUUUCUGCCUCUCAGCACCUCCAGCUUGCCUCUUGGCAUCCCUCCCGCAUCAGGCGCCGCUUGCUCCCAGUGACGCCGCCACGGCCCAUAAAGAGGAGGCAGCAGGCAUCAUCGUGCGAGCUCGGAGGUGCACCACGGGGCCACCAGACCCCCUGGAGGAGAAGCUGUCACCCCAGCAGGCUCAGCCACCGCUCCUUCUCCUUUCCACCUUUACCAGGAAAAUCCACGUCCAAGGCUUAGCACCGAGCCCUCUCUCGUCCCGCUCCUGGAUGGAGGUCCAGCUCCUAACCACCACCCUGGGGGGGCCAGGACAGUGGACACCCAUCGGGGACCCCCCCAACAAGGCGAUCCCCUGGCUGGCUGCGGGUCGGUGUGCUCCCAUGGGACAGCAUGCAAAGGUCGUGGAGCUGCUGCGCCAGGACCUGCAGCACCGGGACCUGCAGGCGGGCUCCCUGGUGGUGAGCACCCCGAGGCUGGCCGGAGGGGUGAGGACGACCUGGAGCACAAGUGCUGGAGACCAGGGCAGGGGGCUUGGUAUCCUGUUUCUGUCCAUGAUGCUGCCAGCAGAUAAUUUCCAAGAGAAUUGAGAGUGAGAGCAAAUCACAGAAUCACAGAAUUUCUAGGUUGGAAACAACAUUUCAUUUAAAAUAAACCGGUCAAAAUUUU